AAAGGAUCCGUAAACGAAAUCGAAGGUGAUAGAACCCAACCGUUCUUUGACUUGAUAUUCUUUGGCGCCAAACAUUUUAUUGGUAUUUUUCAGGGAUUUUGAAUGUUUAACUAUUAAAAUUUAGUAAAAAAACUAUCAAUAGUAUAGAGGGUUGAGAUGAAGGUUAAAAAACCGAGAGCAAAUGCCAAAGACAAGUCCCCGGGAGGUGCACGGUCCCCUCCGCCCAAUCAGAUGGAGGUUGACCAAGAUUCAGACUCUGACCAGGAAGAAUUUCCUGUACAAGAAGGAGGGAUUAAUAUUCCGACCCGAGAGGGAAACAUCUACAUUCCACCAGCUCCUCCUGCGACAUGCUCCCUGGACAGCAAGGGGCCUCGUCUGAUAAUCACACAUAUUGAGAAUGAAAACUUUAAAAGCUACGCUGGCAGAAGGGUACUUGGUCCAUUUCAUAAAAGUUUCACUUGCAUCGUCGGACCCAACGGCAGCGGCAAGAGUAAUGUGAUUGACUCUAUGUUGUUUGUGUUUGGAUACCGAGCUACCAAAAUCAGAAGCAAAAAGAUUUCUACCAUGUUGCAUAAAUCUGAGAACCACACCAACGUCCAGAGCUAUACAGUCACCGUCCAUUUCGCCAAAAUUAUUGACAUUGAUGAUGAUAACUUUGAGUUUGUGCCCAACUCAAAAUUUUACAUUUCAAGAACGGCUUUUGCUGACAAUUCUUCUUUCUACACGAUCAAUGGAAAACGGACAAAUUUCAAACAAGUGUCGACUUUGUUGUUAGAUCAAGGCAUUGAUCUGAUCCACAACCGAUUCCUCAUUUUGCAGGGAGAAGUUGAGCAAAUCGCUAUGAUGAAGCCCAAAGCUCAAACCGAGCAUGACACAGGAAUGUUGGAGUACCUUGAAGACAUCAUCGGCACCUCUAGGUUUAAAACUCCCAUAGAGAAGCUGGCUGCGGAAGUUGAGGUACUCAAUGGUGAAAGGGUUGAGAAGCUCAACAGAGUAAAGCUCGUAGAGAAGGAACGAGACGCUCUGGAGGGUCCGAUGACAGAAGCCAUCGAGUUCCUUGAGACUACCAACGAGCUCAUGCGGCUCAGAAACGAACUCUUCCAGUCUCAACAAUAUGGGUAUAGAAUGGAAGUAGAAAAGAAUGAAAAAGAGAAGAAAGAAAAAGAAGAUGGCAUGAGUGAGUUAAAAGCUAAAAUGAAAGAAUUGGGAAGUAAACAAGAAGAAUUGCAGAAAGAAAUCAAGAAGAAAGAAAAAGAAUACGAUGGAAUAUUGAGUGAAAAAGAAAAGAACAAUACAAGGUACAACCAGAUGAACACACAAAAUGCAGCAUUUGCUGAAGAGCUGAAGCAAGUCAACAACAAGCGUAAGAAAGUCAAGGACCAGCUGAAAACCGAAGAGGAAAAGUUGACAGCGGCAGAAGCAAUACCGGAGAAGAACCAGAAGGAGAUAGAAGAUUUGAAGAAGGUCCUGGAGAAGUGCAACAGUCAGAGAACCAAGGAACAGGAGGAAGUGAGCCGAGUAUUGGCUUCACUACAGGAGGAGACGAGAGAGCUGCAGGACCAGAAGGAUAAACUACAGGCGGAGCUGAGUGGGCUGAAGCAGACCGUGGACCAGGCUCGCUCUAAGCAUGAUUUGGCGGAGUCAGAGAUGAAGAUUUACCUGAGCAACGAACAAAAAGAAAAGAGUAAACUAGAACAGUUCAAAGCAACGUUGGAUAAAGUAGUGGACAAACUGAAAGACAGAAAAGCCGCUGUGGCCGAGCUGGAGGUGAAGCUGCCUAAGGCUCGGGAGGAUCUGAGUCAAGCGCAGGCCGAGCUGGCGCAGGUAAGGGAACAGGAGGCCAUUGCUUCACAAGAAUGGGACCGGCGCAGGACUACUCUGGAGGAGCGCCGGGUUGCCAUGAACGCCAACCGGAGCCGCAACCGCGUGCUCGAUUUUCUGCUCACUCAAAAGCGGGAGGGCGCCAUCCCCGGCAUAUUUGGUAGGCUGGGAGAUCUGGGUGCUAUUGAUGACAAAUAUGACAUCGCCAUCUCCACCGCGUGUGGCGCGCUGGACUUCAUCGUAGUAGACACGGUGGCGACCGGUGAGGCUUGCGUAGCUGCACUCAAACGUCACAACGUCGGCCGCGGGACGUUCAUAGCGCUGGAGAAACAGGAGUACCUCCGGAACACCUACAGUCGCCCGUUCAACACGCCAGAUGGUGCGCUAAGGCUGUUCGACCUGAUCAAAGUGGCUGAUGACCGUAUCCGCCCGGCUUUCUACUACGCUAUCAGAGACACAUUGGUCGCCAACGACCUCGACCAGGCGACUCGCAUCGCCUACGGACGUCAACGACAUCGAGUCGUAACUCUGAAGGGCGAACUCAUCGAGCUCCAUGGUACAAUGUCUGGUGGUGGAGGAGCCCCAGCCCGAGGCAGGAUGGGACAGUCUGUUGCCAUGACAGUAGACAUGUCCCCCUCAGAGAUGGGCCGCAUGGAACAGGCUGUCACCGACCUGGAGAAGCGAGUGCGCCAAUUGCGCAACCGAACAUCUCAACUGGAGGGUACCAUUGAGACUCUCACUCGUGACGUCAAACUUUGGUCAACCGACCUCAACAAGUUCAAAGUGGAAGUGGAUGGCCUGAGCAGCCAGGAGCCGGUGUUGAGACAGCAGGUAAAGGCUCAGGAGGCCAGAGUCAAGGAAGUGGCUCCGGACCAGAGCACUGUCAAGAAGAUGAAGUCCACUGUCGAGGCAGCUAAGAAAGAGUUGGACAAGGCCGAGGGUUCAGCUGGAAAGGUAGAGGAGAAAGUAAAGACAGUCCAUGAGGAGAUCUUGAAGAUUACUGGCGGCCGAACCAACGCAGCACAGAAAAAACUUAACGAAGUAAUCAAAAAGGCGGACAAAAUCAGCUCUGAAAUCACAAAACUUGGAGUAGCUAUCAAGACAGCUGAAAGGAACACAAAAAAAUCCAAAGAAGCAAUCAAGAAUAUGGAAGCUGACAUUGAGCAGAUGCAGGAUAGACUUAUCAAGAUAAAGGAAGACAAGGAUAAAAUCACUGAGGAAGCGAAAGAAGUUCUAGCUGCACUAGAAGACCUCUCUAAAAAAGAAAUUGAACUUGAACAAGUUUUGACUGACCUGAAGGCAGAAAUCGCUGAUAUUGUCAAGGAAGAGAAUACUCUAAAAGCUUCAAGGUUAGAAGAAGACAGAGUCAUCAAGAAUUUAACUGCAACCAUAAAUGACUUCAAGGCGAAAAUAGCACACAAAGAUAGAGAGCUUGGGAAACUUGAACUGAGAAAGAUCCCCAAAAAAGAAGUGGACUUGGAGCUUCCCAAGUAUGGUGAUGAACAUCUCUCUGAGAUUGACAUUCGAAAACUCGAAUACAAGACAACAACUGUCCAAGCUCAUCUGGAGAAGCAGAAACCAAAUUUGAAAGUGAUUGAUGAUUAUUAUGAGAAGCUUCAGCAACUAGAGCAGCGUACCAGAGAACUGGAAGAGGUUACGGAGAAGCGCAACGAGGUGAGAACGUGGCAUGACAACGUGCGCAAGUCUCGUUUGAAUGAGUUCAUGGCUGGCUUCACCAUCAUCACGGACAAGUUGAAGGAAAUGUACCAGAUGAUCACACUUGGCGGGGACGCAGAGUUGGAACUGGUUGACUCACUGGACCCGUUCACUGAGGGAAUUGUGUUCAGUGUGAGGCCACCUAAGAAGUCGUGGAAGAACAUCUCCAAUCUGUCCGGAGGUGAGAAGACACUGUCAUCACUUGCGCUUGUGUUUGCCCUCCAUUACUACAAGCCUACGCCUCUCUACGUCAUGGAUGAGAUUGACGCUGCACUGGACUUCAAGAACGUCUCAAUCGUUGGACAUUAUAUCAAGGAGAGAACUAAAAACGCCCAGUUUAUCAUAAUCUCGCUGCGAGCCAACAUGUUUGAGCUAGCUGACACGCUGGUGGGCAUCUUCAAGGUUCACAACUGUACAGACUCAGUUACCAUCUUGCCGCCUGUGUACAGCGGAUCCACGGACGUGGUACAGAAGCCAGUCCGAGAUCAUUCGACAGCAUUGAAAGAACCCAACUUCAGCCACAGCCCGCCACGGAAGAUCGCCAAAAGAACACCUCUGGAAGAAAAUCGAGACAAGUGAUUACAGAACAUAGUCGAUAACCGUCCCGUUAAAAAAAUUACUCAACUUAUUGAACAUGUGCUUGCUUGGUUCUCGUUUUUAAAACAUACGACAGUUUUCACUUUUAAAAGGUUUUUUUAAUUUGAAAAGUAUUUAUUGAUGUGUUAAUGCUGAACGGCUUUUUUUCUUUGAAGUGACGAUUUUUUUUACAAGUAUUAAAUUGUACUUAGUGCAUUUUUUGUUGUUUAAGUUUUCAGCAAUAUUCUCACUGUACAUCAUAACAUAUUUGUGGAGGGUUCAAUGUUAGAGUCGUUUGUAACUUUGUUUUAAUAUAAGCAUAACUGUGUGCCUUCAAUGUUCAUAAAACCAAUCUAAAAAUCCUUUACCGGUUUGAUUUAAAAUGGAACUUAUUCAAAGAUGUCACAAUUUAUUUUUGUAUGAUAGCUGUAUAUAUAAUUUACAAUCUGUUAAGAGUGUGUAUAAAGUUUAUGUAUAUAAUUAGAUACUUGGAAAGUGACAGUUGGAGGUGAAAUUUCAAAACAAUGCAAUAGGCGUAGCGCAUGUAGGGGUAUAUAUACCACACAAACUGUUUUGGUUGGGUAAUGUACUGUCAGUAUGUCUCUCUAACAUAAUCUUCGGGACUUUAUCUGUUAUAUAUUUGUUAAAAAUACAAAACUUAAAAAUAUUUUAAUAUCUAUCUACAUGUUUGUUAAUGCAAUUGAAAUAGAAACGAAAAUAUUCCAAAAAUUUUCAAGUUUUCUUGUUUUUAAACUGUUUUUACCCCGUUAUAUUACUACUACCUCAAAAUAAAUUAUAACGUUCAUCUUAGUUUUUUGUAGCUUAACUUAUUAAUAGUCUUAACAGUUAAUAACAUUCCAGACAGCCAGGUUUUCACAGGAAUUUGUUUCUAAUGUGUGUAAAUCCUUAUCAGUACUGUCUUCAUUGUUUAUAUGAUCGGCCUUUAUUUCUAUGUUUAAUUUUUGUAUUUGGAAAAAAAGAGUUAAAACUUUUAA